AUGCCAAAGUAUUGCGCAAUCUGCUGUGUUUAUGAAGAACCAAGCGCUUUCAUUACACUCUCAUGUGGCUGCACCUUUUGCAAAAAUUCUAUUAGUCAAUGGGUUCUUACCCAAAUAGAAAAAUAUUAUCAAGCUGACUUCCAAAUCACAUGCCCUCUAGGUACUCUUGGCCAUACAAUGAGUGAAAAUGAUAUAAGAAAUUGCCUUGCUGAAUAUGAUUAUCAGGUCUAUGCGAAUUUUUUGCUUAAAAGAGAGCUAAUUCGUGAUAGCUCUUUCAAACAAUGCCCAUCAAAGAAUUGUGAUUACGUAGGAUGGGUUGAUACAAAAAAUUCAUGUAUGGAUACUCUGCUAUGCCCAAAAUGCAAAACUAAGUGAAAAGAUCCUAGCUUAAAGCCAGCGUUUUAUAGGCUUAAAGAUGAUGCUAUUAGGAUUAUACGUGGAGAAAGCGACUUUUGAAGCAACACUUGAAAGGAGAUAUGGGUGAAAUAUUGCCCCAAGUGUGACUACCCUAUUGAAAAAAGCGGAGGAUGCUAUCAUAUGACCUGCAUAAACUGCAGGCAUGAAUUCUGUUGGGACUGUUUGCAGGAUUAUAAAAAUCAUAUAUGGAAGUAUUGUGGAUUAAAUAUGCUUUAUUGCUGGGGAUUUAUGGUUAUUUUAACAGUAUUAUUUUUGUGCAAAAUUACAAUUUUAUCAGAUACAAUUUUAGAUUUAUUAUGAUUCAUCUUUUGGAAGAUUUUAUUAUUUACUGCAGGGGUUAUAGGGAUAUGGGCAAUUUUAGGAAGCAUAGGACUAGCAGUUAUUUAUUUAGAUAAAAAACAAUGGAGAGUUUACACAUGCUGUGAAAAAUUUUCUUACUUUAUAUUCAAUUGUGGAAUUUUCGUAUAUUUCUUUUGUGGAGUAGUAUUUUUGCAAGACUUCACAAUUGAAGUUUUUUUCUUAGCCUUGAAUUUCGGAAUAAGUUUUCUUUUUAUAGUACCAACAAUAAUUUUGCUAUAUCAGCGAAUUUAA